AUGGCAGCAAAAUCAAUACCUUCAUUUCCUCAAAUCAUCAAAAUCAGAGCUUCAAGAAAAAAUGAAGAACCCCUGAUAACCAGAAAAGCUUCAAAGUCACCACGACGUGUGAUCAGUAUACCUGCAUCCACUGGAAGAUGGCCUGGUCAAUGGACUUGUGAGUACCUAGUCUCCCUGAAGGAUCUUCAGUUGGAUGAUUUAGCUGAGGAUGGUCGAAAAGAUACUGAGGUUUUUGUCAGUCUUUCCCUUCAGAAGCACGCAGGAUUUGGCCUGUCUGUAGAUGGAAAGGUGGUUACAACCAUUGCCAGGAAGUGCAGCAGUUGCUCUUCUCCUUACUGCAGAACGAUUGACACAAGCAUACGUGUUUGGGUUCUGCCUGAUGACAGAGAUGAUUCGUCGACAGAGCUUCCAGAGAUUGGAAGUGAUGAUCCAUCAGUUAUCUAUGUAAGACCGGGGUAUGAAGCCGACUUAGGCUCUCUUGUACAAGACACAAUAAGACUCCAAACAGCAGUUAAGGAGACUUGUUCUGAAUCAUGUGAGAAAUCUGAACCAAAACUUCACUAUAUAGGUGAUCAAAGGACUGCUUCUCUAGACAGGAGGUGGUCUAAACUCUUACAGCUUAGGAACGCAAAUCGCUGAUGCACAAACUAAAUCAUAACAUAUAGAUGACUAGCAAAGAUUAAGGUCAUGUUAUCUGUUUUCUUUUUGUAGUCAUAGCAAGAUGAGUGAUGCUACAUUGUCACUAGUGGAUUAUGCUACAUUGGGGGUCGAAUGAAUUGGGCAAUAUACUGUUCUUGUGCUUCAUAGUAUCAUAAGUAUAUAAGAGAGAAAUGAUGUCUGUCAAAUAUAUUAAUGUAUAAAUUAUUAAUGAA